UGAUGAUCUACGAACGGAAAGCCACAAUGAAGCGCGGGCGCACCACAUAAAGGCUUUUUCUUAAUUACGCGACUCUAUCGCUGUGACGGCGAAUUGAUCGCUACAUCGUUGCACGCAUGAUUCCAUGCAUUCGCCCCCAACAACGUGUUUAUAUCCAGAUCGUCAAAACUGCAAUAUUGCAGCCACUGCGAAAAUAAAAAUCACUUUAGUUCGAACAAGCCUUAAAACAGACAGUAAAACCGCCAGUAAAACAUACAUAAGGUCGCGAACUGGGGACAAGAUUGCCUUGAUUGGUUUAUUGUUGUUGUUUCGAGCUGUGUGGUUGUUUUGCACCAUCGUAGCCGCAGCAGUCAACACGAGACAGUGAUUGGGAUCGGAACAUUACAUACGAGUUGUUUGGGAAGUAGUUUCUGAAUACUUUCUUCGAUUAACAGUUUGUCUAACUUAUCGCCCAGGCGACAUGGAUUGAGCUGAACCAAUGAAAAAAGUCACCCGAAGAAGCCUGGAUGGGUCGGAUGAUGGAUCUUCGACGUCCAGCAGGAGGUCGUCUCGGUUUUUGGCGGUGGAUUUUACACGCGACGAGAUUGCCCACAAAACGUUCAACAUCCACCAAAACCCACCGGCACAGGACUUUUACGACCUGAAACAACGCUGCCUUUCUGAAGCAUCCCUCUUCGAAGACCCCGACUUCAAGCCGACGCACACUUCACUGACAAAACGUCCAUCCAACCCGGACCGAUCGAUCGAAUGGCUUCGUCCACGGGAAAUCUGCCGCAGGCCAAAGUUCUUCGUCGACGGUGCAUCCCGUUUCGAUGUUCGGCAGGGCAACCUGAACGACUGUUGGCUCCUUACGGCCACAGCAAACCUCACGGCCAACGUGCGGCUAUUUAGGAAAACGGUCCCACAGGACAACUCCUUCGAAGGCGCCGACUAUGCCGGCAUUUUUCACUUCCGAUUUUGGCAGUUCGGGCAAUGGGUUGAUGUGGUGAUCGACGAUCGGCUGCCGACCAGGGAUCGCGAGCUGAUCUACAUGAAAUCUAGUCAGAAGAAUGAGUUCUGGAGCGCGCUGCUGGAGAAGGCUUACGCCAAGCUGUAUGGGUGCUACGAGGCGCUGAACAGCGGAACUGCGCGGGAAGCAAUGCAGGACUUCACCGGUGGGAUAACCGAGUCGUACAGGUUGAGAGGAAAUGAGCCUCCCCCGGAUAACUUGUUUGAAAUCAUCCAUACGGGCUUCCAAAGAGGGUCUAUGUUUGCGUGCAACAUUUUGCCUGACCCGAAAAUACCGGAGGCACAUACUAAGCAAGGUCUGCUGAAAGGACAUUCGUAUUCCGUUACGAAGACCCACAUUAUGGGUCCAUCCAAGCUUAUUCGUCUCAGGAACCCAUGGGGAGACGGCAUCGAGUGGAAUGGACCGUGGAGUGAUCGCUCACAGGAAUGGCAAGCCAUUCCCAAGGUUCAACGCAAACAACUAGGACUCACUAUUGACAACGAUGGGGAGUUCUGGAUGGAUUUCAAAGAUUUUCUGCGAUAUUUUGAUAGAGUGGAAAUCUGCAACUUGUCACCGGAUCCACUGGAUGAUACGGAAGCAAGUAAACGUGGAUGGCAGGUUUCGACAAUUGAUGGCGAAUGGGUUAAGGGGUCAACUGCAGGUGGAUGUAUUGACUACAUGGAAUCAUUCUGGACGAAUCCGCAAUACAUUGUUAACUUGGAUAAGCCCGAUAGCGAUGAUAAGUCCGGAAUGUGUACCAUCGUAGUGGCACUGAUGCAGAAGUUCCGAAGAGCUGAAGACUUGCCCAGUUUAACGAUGGGUUUCGUCAUCUACCGAGUUACCGAAGAGCAGCUACGGUACAAACCUGUUCCAAUGAAGUUCUUCAAAAAGAACGACUAUCGGAUUGUGGCGCGUUCAAUCUUUAUCAAUUCCAGAGAAGUUAGCUGCCGGUUGAGAAUUAGCCCUGGAACUUAUCUGAUAGUCCCGUCCACUUUACAUCCAAGUGAGGAGGGUGAAUUUUUGAUGCGUAUCUUUUCCGAGCUACGCAACUGUUUGGAGGAAAACGACUGUACCGUUUGCUUUGGAACUAUGGAUGAUCGGGUAUCUGGGCCCCUACAAGAAGAUGACGAUUGGCCACGGAUGGUGCGGCAAUUUUACGAGUUGGCAGAUCGGAAGAAAACCAUCGAUCACAUUGCUUUGGGUGCCAUAUUAUGUCGAUUCUUUUUCGCACCUCCUGGAAAUGUCAAGAAACGGUCAAACUUUUGGGCUCGGCUGUGUUUGCAGUUGCAAGAAACUUUUCUAUGUGGGUGGAUUCCCUGCCAGCGGUCGCAGAAAAGAACCCGAAAUAAAACAAAGCCAGUUAAUCGUGAACUUGUUCAGCAAAUAUCCCAAAGAUUGAUCUCCAGAGUGAAUGUAAACAAAUCUAGUCAACUACAGUACGAACAGUUUCGGACCGUCAUUCGGGAUGUCCAACAGUGGCAAGCGGUUUUUCAGCUGUACGAUCUGGAUCAGAGCGGUCAUUUGGAUCGAAAGGAGCUGAAAAAGGCGCUCAACUCUUCUGGAUUCAACGUCAACAACCGAGUGGUGAAUGAGCUUUUGAAGCGAUCCAGAGAGUCCGACAUAGAGGGCAUGGAGUUGGUUGAUUUCGUUCUGUGCGCCGUGGAGAGUCGCGAUGCAAUCGAAAAAUUGCAACAAAAUGAAACAGUGAAGACCGAACGAAUUAUUUCCGAGAAGAAAACUGAGUGAGCUGCCAGUAAUAUAAAGAUCUACAACGUAAUAACUGCAAUAGCUUUAAAAUAUGUUUAAAAUUAUCUGAAAUGAAUCCAUACUAUGUUUGUGAUUUUUUUUUAUUUAUAUACAAAGUAUAUGUGCUUCAGAAAUCUUUAAAUAAAUGUGCUUUCAAUGUACGACAAUCAGAAAAAAAUAAUGAGCCAUGUUAUUGUCUUAUAUAU